AUGCAUUUAUUCAUAUCAAAAUUUGAUACCAACACUGUACAAACUUCUGUGCAACAUAAAUCAACGUCAACAUUCAGCACAGGAGCCAUUAUUGGUAUCGUCAUAGGCACUAUCGCAGCUGCUGCGUUGAUUAUAUGUACAAUAUACCGUAUCCACCGUCUAAAAAAGUACAAAGACAAACUGCGUAGAAAGCAGAACAGCAUGUAUCGAUUUAUACUAGACCCAUCAGAUGAAAAUUCUUGUGUUGGGACAAAGAGAGGAUCGAAGAUUGAAGUUGUUGAUAAUUAUCCCUGCUAUCCCAGCAACAAGGAGAAGCAGCAGCAACAGCGUCCAAAAUCCUUUUUGAAAAAGGUACGUAAUAAGCGAUCUAGUAAACAUCAGUCAACAGCCAUCAGAAGCUCGUUUAAGCUUCAUAUAUCUGCCCUGAUGAGACCAACUUCACUCUCACUGAAUGAUACUCGCUUCAGCAAACUUUUCUCCAAAACAAACAGCAACAGUAAAUGCACAAGUAGCAGAAAUUCAACUGUGUCGCUGCUUCAAACACCUUCAGAAACACACUGUUCAUCCAUAGCUACAAAAACCAAUUCCUUUUUUUCAUAUAGCUUCGGUUCUUAUCCCGAUGAAAGCUCUAUUCCGCCUCUAACCCCUUCUUCAUUUAGCGGUAGCAGGAGUAGUAGUGGUAGCACGGUUGUUGCUGAUUUGUCAGACACCUCUUCCCAACCUCCAUACUUCCAUGUCUUAAUCAAUGAUUUUGAAAUGACAAAGAAUCAACAACUGAGAGAAGAACAGCUACAAGGGUAUUCAAAGAAACAAGAAGAGGAUAUUUAUAUAUUGUAUUAA